AUGAGGAGAAAGCAAAAGCCACUACUCCCUCUGAAUUCUCUAAUUGGAGCCAUACUAAGAGAAAAGCCUGGGCCUGGGACACCAAGUUAUCCUGAGAAUCCUCAGGGCAUCCCGUCUCACCCCAGUGCCCUGGCAUCCACUGCAAGGAGCCAAUGUUGUGAGGGCUCAGGCAGGCAGGAGGAGGCAUGUCCGAGUCCCUCUCAGGACAAGGAUGCCACCCAGAUCAAGCACAAUGAUUUAGCAGAUAAUGAGGUAGAUAAAAUGGUGCCAUUCCUGCUCCACAAGUAUCAGCAGAAGGAGCAGGUCACCAUGGAGGAAAUGCUGCACGUCGUGCAUAAUGAUUACUGUGAGCACUUCCCUCAGAUGUUUGGGGAACUCUGUCAGUGCAUGUGUCUGUGCUUUGGCAUUGAGAUGAGGGAAGUGAAUCCCCCUGGACACACAUAUGAGCUUCUCCCCGUCCUGGGCCUCACUUUUCAGGGGAUCCUGGAUGAUGACGUCCAGAUCGUUCCCAAAGGGAAACUCCUGAUGGGCAUCCUGAGUGUCAUGAUGGUGAAGGGUAACUGUGUCAGUGAGGAGGACCUAAGGGCACUGCUGAUAGAUAUGAAGCUAUUAAGUGAGAGGGAGCACGUUAUGAUUGGGGAUCCCUGGAAGUUCAUCACAGAGGAUUUGGUGCAGGAAGAGUACCUGGUGUAUCAGCAGGUUCCUGAUAGUGAUCCUGCUCGUUAUGAGUUGCUGCGGGGUCCCAGGGCCCAGGCGGAAACCACCCCGAUCAAAGUCCUGAAUCACAUCUUCAGUCUUGAUAGGACAGAUCCCAGGUCUUACCCCCAUCUGUACGAACAGGCUUUGAGAGAGGAAGAAGGUCUGUUUGAGGCCUUUGAGGGUGAAGGUGUGUGA